AUGUAUGCCCAGCCACAGGCUCGUCCGUCUUCCAGCUAUCAGCCGGAUUUCGCUCCUCAGCGCCCGUACGCAGACUUGGACGCGCGCGACAGUCGGCCGCUUUCUCAGGUAUCCUACCAGGGCCCUCCUCCUCGUUCCUCCUCUCGUCCUCCACGCUCCUCUUCUCGCCCUCCAAGAUCUUCCUCGAGACCUGCGACCCAGAUUGAACAGCAGUACGAUGACUAUGCCUAUGACCAGGAGUCGCCUUCUCCGCCAGAUCCCGACGGGGACGACUUUUACACUUCCUCCCAGGCCAACGUUCAUGACCAGUACACACUACCAGCCCAGUCCAUCGCCACGCAAUCAGUCCGAGCUCCCUCUCCCCCCGCUGCUCUUCUGGACCACUCGCAUCUCCGUCCCGGCAAAGAGGCAGCCCUUCUGUCCCACGCACGCACACUCGAGCUCUACCGUGCCAAUGCAAAGAAGACGCAAGACCCCGACACUCAAUUCGAGUUUGCCGUAUUCAUGAUCGACGCAUCCAAGACCAUGACCAUGCCCGUCCCCACCCCCGGCAACGUCAUGGAAGUCGAAAAGGCAGAGCAGAAGCGAGAAGACCUCAUUCGCGAGGGUAUCGCCCUGCUGAAGAAGCUCGCAGAUCGCGGACACAUGCCCUCACAGUACUUCCUCGCCGACUGCUACGCCAACGGCAUCGGCACGCACAAGAACCGCCAGGACUUUGAUCGCGCCUUCCCCCUGUUCGUACUCGCCGCGAAGCACGGACACCCCGACGCUGCCUACCGCGCAGGCACAUGUUGCGAGAACGGCUGGGGCUGCAGACGCGAGUCGGCCAAGGCCGUCAUGUUCUACCGCAAGGCGGCCGCCGCAGGCCAUCCCGGUGCGCUCUAUCGCUUAGGCAUCGCCCAGCUCAAUGGCGAGCUCGGCCUUUCCAAAAGCCCUAGAGAGGGAGUCUCGUACUUGAAACGGUCAGCCGAGCAUGCGACUGCCGAGUUCCCGCAUGCUCUGCAUGAACUGGCGCUGCUCCACGAGAGGGGCAUCGACAAUGUCCUGUUUGUCGACAAUGAAUAUGCGGCGGAGCUCCUCGCGCAGGCUGCUGAGCUGGGCUAUGCCCCGAGCGCGUAUCGUCUGGGAGAGUGCUACGAGUAUGGGAAGAUGGGUUGUCCGCAGGACCCAGCGCUGUCAAUACACUAUUACAAUAUCGCAGCGCAGCAGAAUCACCGCGACGCGUGCUUCGCGCUCACUGCGUGGUACCUCGUCGGCUCGCCCGGUGUCCUGCCCCAAUCUGACACGGAAGCCUUUCUGUGGGCAAAGAGGGCGGCCGAGGCGGGGCUGCCAAAGGCGAUGUAUGCCGUUGGCUACUUUCUUGAAGUUGGGAUAGGGACGGAGCCGGACGUGAACGAAGCGAAGACAUGGUACAAGCGCGCCGCGGAGAAGGGAGACAAGCGUGCGGCCCAGCGACUCAAGGGCACUGGUCCUAUGGCUGAGCCUGGCGGGCCAGGCUCCGUGCUGCAUCGCAGUAUGAGCGGCAGCGACGAGGCGUCCCUCGCCCUCUCCGGUAAGAGCGGGAAGGACAAGGACUGUAGCAUAAUGUGA